AUGUCGAACCUUGUAAUAUUAUUUAUAGUUACAAUAUCGAUGAUUGGACCAUUAAGUACAGUAGGAAGCACAAAUAAUAAAGCCGUGGACUUGAAUACAGUUUUCAACUUUAUACAACAGCUUAAACAAUCUUCUGACUCCACUACAGAUACUGAUGACGAUUCAGACGAAUAUUUUACUGAAAUAGAUAAAGCUGUUAAUAACCGAGAUGAAAUGUUAGAAAAAGAAAGAAUAAUUGAUUUAAUAGAAAAAGUUGCUAAAGAAAACAAUAAUGUGGUUCAAGAUAAUGACCGUAAUACAUAUCGCGAAGAAAAGUUAGAUAGAAAUCAGUUAACUCAAAAUGAUAAACUUACUGAUGCGUUUAAUAAUAAUAUACAAAUGCAGUUAUUAGCGAAAUUCUUAUCUCAGGGUGUGAAUAAAGAAGUUAAAACGAAACCAAGAAUCAAACCUAGUCGCUUGCUACCGGCCAUCUCGGUCAAUGAAGUUAGUACUAGAAAUGAUAAUGACGUCACCGGAUUAGAAGAUUAUUCGAAAAUAUAUGUAGUUUUGAAUCCACAAGCAGUUGAAAGGAGUGACAAUAAGAAUGCAUUUAAUGAACUGGUUUCAAAAAUACUCUCUUUGUCUUCUUUAACGUCAAAAAAAGAUAAUCAAGGGAAACGAAAGCCUCGUCGCUAUAAAGGUUUUCUUGUCAAAGAGGAAAUGCCCCAAAGAAGAUUCAGACAAGCCAUGGCCAACCGUGCUCGAAGAUAUUAUCAAAACAGGGAGUUCAGACGAAAUACUGGUUACUAG